AUAUCGCGUCCAUAAUAAUUUACCCGAAUCGCUUCUUCUGUGAAGCUUGAAUCUAGAUGCACGACUUUGUUUUGUAAUCAAAAGGUGUCAAAAAGAGGCAAAAAAGAUCAUCACAAAUAUUGACGGUCCCUUGCUUAGCCAUGGUUGCGUUUUUAUUGAGUUAUACACAUUUACAAACUUUGUAUCGUUAAAGAUUGUAGAUGCACACACCUUGUGUUUACAUUGUCAAACAUUACCGUCAAAAUGUGUGGCGCUGUUCGUUUGACAUGUACUCAUUGGGACCCGACGUACAUAUAUGUCAUACACUCGAAACAUUAACUGCAUUCACAACACAUUAUCUGGCUCAGUCUCUGUUGGUGAAGCGUACAAACAACACCGAACACAUUUUUAUACUUUUGUUCAAAAUAAUCUCUGCAUUUGUGAUAAGCAUAAUACUUGAACGUUUUCAUUGGACCUCAAACUGUGCAUAAUAACAAAGUGCUCCAAAAAUUUACAAAAAAUCAUGACCGAAAAAUUGGAAUUAAUUUGGAAUCGUCCUGAGUCUUCGGAGUAUCCGAAAGUAUGGUGCACAUUCAAAGCAAGUGACAUAAAUACUGAUGCAGUUGUUGAAUAUCGUAUUCAAGAUUUGCCCGAGUCACGAAUUCAAGAUGGAAUCGACUUUAUGGCUCAGCAUUUUUGUAGCGAUGAACCGAUAUGUGAAGCACUCGAGGUUUCCAAAGAUAUUGAUGCAAUUGAGGACUUCAAACUAUUAUGGAAACUAAUAUUCAAGCAAAAAAUGGUAUUGGCUUGUUUCAAAAGCGGAUCCGAUCAAAUCGUUGGCAUGAACGCAACUUUUGUGAAGUGCAAGGACGAUCAUUUCAUGGAAGUGCUCUAUACACAAAUAAAAAGUGAAAAAAUCCGACAAUAUGCUGAAAUGAUGUUUUUGUUACGGGAAAACUUCAACAUAUUCGAAGUAUAUGAGUUGGACAAGCAUCUUAGCUGUAUUGGGCUUGUUAUCGAUAGAACAUAUCGCCGCCGAGGCAUUGCUGAACAGUUUCUUCGUUGCAGAGAGGCGAUUUGCAGGGAAUUUGGAAUAAGAAUGACAUCAACCGUUUUCACAGCUGAUUCUUCAAACAGAAUCGCAGACAAAGUUCGGUUUAAAAUGGACAAAAUUAUUAGAUAUAAAGAUCUCUGUAACGCACAUCCUCUGAUCAAUUCGUUGAAAGAAAAUAUUAAAAGCGAUGCCAUGACUAUUAAAUCAAUUGUUUUUUGAAGAACUAUCUUGU